UCUCAUUCUUUUUGGAAAAGCUGCUGCGCCUGCGUACUUUUUGCAAGACAACUUCUGAUUUAUUUAUUCGCCAAAGGCUUUAAUUUCAUCAUGAGCUACAAACACUAUCGGGCAACAACGUUGGGGAUUAUGCUUCGGGAGACUUUGAAUGAGUUAAUAAUGUGCGGCCAUAUAAACCCUGAUUUGGCCGACACGGUUUUGAUCAAAUACGACGAGUCUAUUAAUGAAGCUCUGAGCAAGCGAGUUACGGCCAAGGUUAACUUCAGGGCCGACAAAUUGAUGAACUACAGACACUGUGACAAUGUGUGGACCUUGAUCCUAAAGGAUGUGGAGUUUCGCGAAGGUCCGAUGGUCCUAAAAGUGGAUUCGGUCAAAGUUGUGGCCUGCAUAGGACUAACUGAUUAA